AGAGCCACUGCCGUACUCUUACAUGCCGCCCGUGUAUACGGUUCCGGAUUACAAGUACAAAAGCCUCUCCCUAGAUUGUUACCAGAUCCUCCUCCAUUUCCAUUUCUCAGCUAUCUCUCUCUCUUUCUCCGAAAAAAAUCCCCUAAAUCUAGGGUUUCUCUCCUCAUUUUCGUCUAUUUCUCAGUAGAGAUCUCGCAAAAUUGAAGAUCGGAAACGGCUUUUAUUCUCGUAAGCAGAUCUCAUCUGCCCGUAUACGCGCCUACAGUCGAAUUCUCGCAUCUUGAGCCGACGAUGCAGGAGCUGCGGCAGCAGCAGCGGCUGCGUCUUGUUCUAUGAUCGUUGUUGCCGUUGGCGUUCUUGAUCCGAGGGUUUUGAAGGGGUGCAUGAGGGAUCUGGUCCGGUUUCUAUGUUUCGUGGAGAACUCGAAGAGAGCAAGGAGAGAUUGCGGUCUUGUGAUACGGAGCAGGGGUAGGUGGGGGAAAUGUGGCUGAUUUUCGUUUGAUUUUUAGCAUAUCCAAGUCGAUCUGAGUGGAAAAAAAGACGCGGCUUUGGAAGGGUUUGGGGUUGAAGAUUGGGGUGAAAAUGCAGCAGGAUCAGCGAAAGAAGAAGAAAAUUUCAAGCUAUUGUUUGGCUGCUGAGGGUUCGGUGUGACUGUUUGUAACUCUGGGUUGGUCCACUAUCAAGACAAGUCAUUGAGCAGAGUCAAGCAGAGAUGGACUUCUUUACUGAUUAUGGAGAUGCCAGUAGAUACAAAAUUCAGGAGGUCGUAGGGAAAGGAAGCUAUGGUGUCGUGUGCUCAGCCAUCGAUACACAUACUGGAGAAAAGGUGGCGAUAAAGAAGAUACAUGACAUCUUUGAACACAUAUCUGAUGCUGCUCGGAUCCUUCGCGAGAUCAAACUGCUCAGGCUUCUGCGCCAUCCUGACAUUGUUGAAAUCAAGCAUAUUAUGUUGCCACCUUCAAGAAGAGAUUUUAAAGAUAUUUAUGUUGUUUUUGAGCUCAUGGAGUCAGAUCUUCACCAAGUCAUCAAGGCUAAUGAUGACUUGACAAAGGAACAUUAUCAAUUUUUUCUUUAUCAGUUGCUCCGUGCGCUGAAGUAUAUUCAUACGGCAAAUGUUUAUCAUCGGGAUUUGAAGCCAAAGAAUAUAUUGGCCAAUGCAAAUUGCAAACUUAAGAUUUGUGACUUUGGAUUAGCAAGAGUUGCAUUCAGUGAUACCCCAACAACAAUAUUUUGGACGGAUUAUGUUGCAACGAGAUGGUAUAGAGCUCCGGAGCUAUGUGGAUCAUUCUUCUCCAAAUAUACUCCUGCAAUUGAUAUCUGGAGUAUAGGUUGCAUCUUUGCUGAGGUAUUAACAGGGAAGCCACUGUUUCCUGGUAAAAACGUUGUUCACCAAUUGGAUUUGAUGACUGAUCUGCUUGGGACACCUUCCUUAGACACCAUUUCUCGGGUGCGGAAUGAAAAAGCAAGAAGAUACUUGAGCAGCAUGAGGAGGAAGCAGCCCGUAUCAUUUUCUCAGAAGUUUCCAAAUGCAGAUCCUCUAGCACUAAAACUGUUGGAAAGACUUUUGGCAUUUGAUCCCAAGGAUCGGCCAACUGCUGAAGAGGCAUUGGCCGAUCCUUACUUCAAAGGCCUGGCCAAAGUGGAGAGAGAGCCAUCUUGUCAGCCAAUCACAAAGAUUGAGUUUGAAUUUGAGAGGAGGAGGGUGACAAAAGAGGACAUUCGCGAACUUAUUUUCAGGGAGAUACUGGAAUACCACCCUCAACUGCUCAAAGACUACCUGAAUGGAACUGAAAGGACAAAUUUCCUCUAUCCCAGUGCUGUUGAUCAAUUCCGGAAGCAGUUUGCUCAUCUUGAGGAAAAUGGUGGCAAAAGUGGGCCAGUGAUUCCGUUGGAGAGGAAGCAUGUGUCUCUCCCAAGAUCUACAGUGGUCCAUUCAAAUACAAUCCCCCCAAGGGAACAGCCAACUUAUGCUUCAUCCAAAGAUAGGCAAGUGCCAGAUGAGGCAUGCAAGAAUUCCCGAGAUACAACAGAUGGGAUGAUGGCUGGGAGUCUAUCAAGGAUUUCACAUCCAGCACAGAGGAUCCCUUUAGCCAAGCCAGGAAAAGUUGUGGGACCGGUAAUGCCCUAUGAGAAUGGAGGUAUCAAAGAUGCCUAUGAUCCAAGAAGAAUGAUCAGGAAUGCAGUCCUCCCUCCUCAAACCAUUCCACCCCCAUACUGUUAUGGCAGCAGGAGCAUGGCAAAGCUGGAAAGGUUAAAUACAAGUGCAGAGUCAGAGAGGGACUCGUUGUCGUCGCAGCCUAAACAUCCCCAAUGCAUGGCAAGCAAAUUGGUACCAGAUGUAGCCAUUGACAUGAAUGCUCCACCAUUUUACCUGACAAGAGCAGGCAAGGCGGACCUGGCAGGAGAUAGAAUGGCCAUGGAGUCAAACCUGCUACAAGCAAAGUCUCAGUUCAGUGGGAUAAGUGCAGCUGCCGCAGCAACCGCAGCCCACAGAAAGGUGGGUGCUGUUCAGUUUGGGGUGUCAAGUAUGUACUAGGCGAGGGAGGGAGGGCCCAAACCUUGGCAUUUGACUCGGGAACAUCCCAUAUGGUAGAAGGCUCUACCUUUCAUGAUGGAAUCGGCAACACAGUAUCUUUCAUCACAGUCAUUGGGUCAGUGUUGUAAUGCACCAUGGACAGAGAGAGAGAGAGAGAGGUGCAGAUCCUUUUAGUUGGAAACCUCAUGGGGUGCUCGUAGAAGCCCAUAUCAAUAGAGUAUAUAUAUAUAAGUAGCAGGCUAGCAGCACAAGCAAAGAGUCUAUCACGCUUGUAAUUAAUUAAUUGUUGUGAUAUAUGUUCCCUGAUGCAAAAUGCGAGUUAUUUUU